CUCUCUGGGAGAUCCCGGGACUUGUGAUGUGGCCAGGCCACCGCGGCCCGUGCGCUACACGGACCCAAGCACCCCCGGGGAAGAUGAGCACACCCGGCCCGGGGGCGAGGGGCCUCGUGAGCUUCUCCGAUGUGGCCGUGUACUUCUCCCAGGAGGAGUGGGGACGGCUGCGCCCCGAGCAGAGGGCCCUUUACAGGGACGUGAUGCGAGAGACCUACAGCCACCUGGGCGCGCUGGGAUUCCUAGGCCCCAAACCUGCCCUUAUCUCCUGGGUGGAACAAGAGACAGAGGUCUGGGGUCCGGCUGCAGAGGAUCCAGAGGAGUUGGGGAGAAAUCAGAGAACAGCUUGUAGAGCAGGAAACUGGAGCAUAAAGAAGGAGAACUGGAAGAGAGAAGAGCCCCAAGCCAGGAACCCUUUGGACACACAUGUGAGAGGCCAACUACUUGAACCUAGCUUCAAACUUAUAGACUCAACACACAAUGGAUCCUUGGAAUUGCCAGAGUCACCAUCUAAGGCUGGCUUCAGCAAGACUUUACUUCAGCCCUCUAUCCCAAAACCUCCGUUGGACACCCAGCCUGGCCAGCGGCGCCAUGCCUGUCCUGAUUGUGGACGCCGCUUUACGUAUCCCUCCCUGCUGGUCAGCCAUAGGCGAAUGCACUCUGGUGAACGGCCCUUUCCUUGUCCUGAGUGUGGAAUGCGCUUCAAAAGGAAGUCUGCUGUUGAAGCUCAUCAGUGGAUCCAUCGAUCUUGCUCUGGGGGACGCAGGGGUCGUCGACCUGGGAUACGGGCUGUGCCACUCGCCCCUGUUCGGGGUGACCGGGACCCUCCUGUGUUAUUCCGGCACUACCCAGACAUCUUUGAGGAGUGUGGAUGACCUGCUUCACUGGGGAUGGGGGAGAAGUGAUUGGAGAGGAGCUGAAGGUCUAAACAUGGUCAAAGUACUAGAG